CCAGAGCCUGGGGAGAUCGCACUAUCCUGGAAGAAGGGGCGGCGGCAGGGUAGUGAGGGGGCCGAGGCGUUGCGGUCCCCGGGGCUCCCGUGGCCGGAGCUCGAACCUCUGGGGACGCGGAUGGCGCUCCAGGCUUCUUUCGGUGCAGCCACCGCCCUCCGCCCCCUCCUGAGGCCUGCAGAAACGCAGUUAGUUCGUACCUCCCUUUGCUUCCGCGCCAGCUGCCCCCCCCCCGCACCGAGAGAGGAGUAGCCUAGGCCCCUCUGUUUCCCCCAGCUUUUUCUCACCCCGUCUUGAUGACUGUUCAAGAACCACCCCCCCUCCAUCCCCCGCAGUCUCCCGGCCCAGACCAGCCCCAUUUCUUUACACCACCAAACUCCCCCCUCGCCAACACACAUACAGAUACACUCACCCGUGAUCUUAUCACCCUUGGACACCGUCUGGCCUGUGGCUUUUCAGCUGCCACUGUGACCGACCCCACGUUUCCCCUCAAGCUAGUAGCUUCUGUCUCCACUUGCAGCUUCCCUCCCCCCAAGCCCUCACAGCCAGUUUUGGCACUUCUGAACCCCACCGUUAGCAGGAGUAGACAGGCCUCUGCUUCUUGUCUGGUUUGACCAAAAGUUUGUUAGUUCGUAUGCCUUGGAUAUUCUGUUUUCUCAGGGGGCAACCCAGUUUUUAUUUUUCUGGGCAUUGGAAAUUCUUGUCUCCCAGGCCCUUUGAUUACCCUGUCUGCCUCCAUCCCUGUACUGACCACCCCAAAGGUGACCUCCUAGGCCUAGCUGUUCUGUGACCUCCUUGGUCCUGGAGAGCGCUGUCACAUCCAGGCUCUCACUCAGAUGUCAGGGUGAGAACUGUCUGUUUUCCUCUAUCCACACACUGCAGGGGACCCCCAGGACAGCCUGACUCGGGAGCCACAGAAAGCUAGUGGAGUCCUCCUUCCCUCUUCCAAGUCACCCCCCUGGGCCUUGAUCCAGAAAGCCACUUUAGAAAGGUUGUGAUGAAGCCAUUGGGAGAGAGGCAUGUUGGUGGGAAGUAUGUGACAACCAAGCAGUUAGGGUUUGUGGCCACUUGUCUGGGGUAACUUUCUGCUGAUAGAUCUAGUAUAAGAGGGCCGGCAGGGUUGGAGGGAGGAAGGGGAUUUUUCCUCUUAGGAUCAAAUACCUGGGAUUCAUAAUCUUUCCCCCUUUCUCCUCCAGCUGUACCCCUUUUGCACUCUUUUAAAUACUAUAUUGCAGUAGACAGUCAUUUCAAGGGCACAGCAAGGUUUACUACGAUGUGAGGGACUCUUGGGCAUUACAAACUAUACAGAUGAGGUCCCUUGGGAGACACUCCUUGAGGUGCCCAGGCUGAGACUGGGGGGGAAAUGGCGGGGUGAGCUCUAGAUGGUACGAGACCCCUCCCCACAAGAGCCAAACAAUGGCUACAGCCUUGGAACCAGAGGACCAGGAUCUUUGGGAAGAAGAGGGAAUUCUGAUGGUGAAAUUGGAAGAUGAUUUCACCUGUAGGCCAGAGUCUGUCUUACAGAGAGAUGACCCUGUGCUUGAGACCUCGCACCAGAACUUCCGGCGCUUCCGCUACCAGGAAGCCGCGAGCCCUCGAGAAGCUCUCAUACGGCUGCGAGAACUUUGUCAUCAGUGGCUGAGGCCAGAAAGGCGGACAAAGGAGCAGAUCCUAGAGCUGCUUGUGCUGGAACAAUUCCUUACUGUCCUGCCUGGAGAACUGCAGAGCUGGGUGCGGGGCCAACGGCCAGAGAGUGGCGAGGAGGCAGUGACGCUGGUGGAGGGUUUGCAGAAACAACCCAGGAGACCAAGGCGGUGGGUGACUGUCCAUGUUCAUGGCCAGGAGGUCCUGUCAGAGGAGACCGUGCAUCCGGGAGCAGAGCCCGAGUCACCUAGUGAGCUGCAGAACCCUGUGCACAUCUCGACUCCUGAGGUGUCCUGUGAGGAAACCAUACAGAGCCCGGAUCUGGGGCCACUGGAAGAGCAGAGCCUGUGCCAUGAAUUGGAGUUCCAGCCCCUGCAGGAGAGCGAGGUGCCGGCGUCCCAGGACCCAGAUCUUCCCGAAGAGAGGAGGACUGGAAACCCAGAGAUGGUCGCCCUUCUUACUGCUCUUUCACAGGGAUUGGUAACUUUCAAGGACGUGGCUGUGUGCUUCUCCCAGGACCAGUGGAGCGACCUGGAUCCAGCACAGAAAGAGUUCUAUGGAGAAUAUGUGUUGGAAGAAGAUUGUGGAAUUGUGGUCUCUUUGUCAUUUCCAAUCCCCAGACUAGAUGAGAUCUCCCACGUUAGAGAGGAAGAGCCUUUGGUCCCAGAUAUCCCAGAGCCUCAAGAGCCUCAAGAGCCAGAAAUCCUGAGUUUUACCUACACAGGAGAUAGGAGUGAGGAUGAAGAAGAUUAUCUUGAGCAAGAAGAUCUGAGUUUGGAGGAUCUGCACAGAUCGAUUUUGGGAGAUCCAGAAAUCCACCAGACUCCAGACUGGGAAAUAGUCUUUGAGGAUGAUCCAAAUAGACUUAACGAAAGAAGAUUUGGUACAAAUAUUUCGCAAGUUAAUAGUUUAUCGAAUCUUCGGGAAACCAUGCCUCUCCACCCCUUGUUAGGGAGACACCACGACUGUCCUGUAUGUGGGAAAAGUUUCACUUGUAACUCCCACCUUGUUAGACACCUAAGAACUCACACAGGAGAGAAACCCUAUAAAUGUAUGGAAUGUGGAAAAAGUUACACACGGAGUUCGCAUCUUGCCAGGCACCAGAAGGUCCACAAAAUGGGCAUGUCAUAUAAAUUUCCCCUAAACCGGAAGAAUUUGGAUGAGACCUCCCCUCUGGUCCAGGCUGAGAGAACUCCACAUGUUGAGAAACCCUAUAGAUGUGACGAUUGUGGAAAACACUUCCGCUGGACCUCAGACCUUGUCCGGCAUCAGAGGACACACACAGGUGAAAAACCCUUCUUCUGUACUAUUUGUGGCAAAAGCUUCAGCCAGAAGUCUGUGCUGACAACACACCAAAGAAUCCACCUUGGAGGCAAACCCUACCUGUGUGGAGAGUGUGGAGAGGACUUCAGUGACCACAGGCGCUAUCUGGCACACCGGAAGACACACGCAGCCGAGGAGCUGUAUCUCUGCAGCGAGUGUGGGCGCUGCUUCAACCACAGUGCCGCGUUUGCCAAACACCUGCGAGGACACGCCUCUGUGAGGCCUUGCCGGUGCAACGAAUGUGGGAAAAGCUUCAGUCGGAGGGACCACCUCGUCAGGCAUCAAAGAACCCAUACUGGCGAAAAGCCGUUCACGUGCCCUACCUGUGGAAAAAGUUUCAGCAGGGGCUAUCACUUAAUCAGGCAUCAGAGGACCCACUCAGAAAAGACCUCCUAGCUAGGUUCCCAUGUGAGGAGGUCUGCAUUCAGCCCUCACCUGGGGAUGGGCGAGGAGACGCCCUCUUGUCAGCCUGGGAAGACCUUUUCUGGGGAGUCUCCCUGACGUGCCCAGAUCUACAUCACCUCUUCCCACAGCUAACUAAAGUCCCCCAGGCAAAACCUCUCAACCUUCUUCUACACCUUGAGGAGGUUUUUUGCCCAAAGUACAACCUGGGUGGAGGCUUCUCCUUGACUGGAGUGUUCCUGCCUCUACCUCAUGGGUGUGAAGCAGGAGAUGUAGAAGACUUAACAAUAUCAUGGUUAUUAUACUUGCCCCUAAAUAGGCUGUUGCAUAUCCUAAAGACUGCUUCACAGCCUCAAGUAUAAAGUUGCCCAGGACAGCCCUUUAGGUUUGGUGAGGGACCGGCCUCUAGGAUUCUGUCCUUACUGGGCUCAAAUCUUAAAGCACACAGCCUUGAACUCAAGGCAGGAGAUCUGCAUCCUCAUGGCUCUGCCACACAUUCACGUGAUAACUACAAAUCUCUCACUGGUUCACUUCUUCACCAUGCACUUUCCUUUGAUACCUGGGGAGAGAUGGGCGAAGUGUCUGAUGGGGGAAAACCUCGAGGCUGUUUCACAUGGACCUUGUCAGGCUGCUUCCUUACCUGUUGCCAAAAUACCAGGGGCCAGACCCUGCUAGAAAGGAGGAUUUAGUCAGAAGCCUCUUUCGCUGGGGGUGUUUCCCUGUUGGAAUACUCACGCCCACCCUCUUUAGUGUUCUACCAGCCUCUUGGUUUUGCCCCUAGCACUUUUGCAAAAGGGAGAUGCAACAGCUGGGUGCCAGGGGAGUCAGUAAAGCAUAAUGACAUCACAGUGAAGUCAUUUACAUUCCCACAUACGUACAAGCCCACCCACCCUGCCCUCUUUGCUUGGGUUUGCAAAGGGAUUUUGGAACCAUGUCAGCUAAAGUAGGUACGAUAAUAAUUACAGAAUCACGAUUGACUGGGUCACUUCAUUUAUAUGAAGAACACAAGAAGACCUGAGACCAAAUUCUGAAGAAAAUUUUGUAAAAGCUGUUGCUGCUGGCUAAGGCCAUCAAGACUAUACUGACACCCAGCCCCUAUCAUCCCUGCCUUGGUUCUCUGAUAUCAGGGAAAAUUAUGAACCCCAGCACCUGGGACCCUGAAGAAUUUACCAGGAGUAAAUGGCUUUCAUGUAUUUGCGUUGUUUGCUUUUUCUUAUGUGAUCUCAUUUUUAUGUAAUUAUGAACUAAAUAGUAGUAUCUCAUGGCUGAUCGUAGGUUCUCUGUUGCCUGAUUAAGGAUUCUUGGAGAUGGGGAGGAAUAAUUACGAGCCUCACCUGCUCUGCUUGUGGGAGUGGCAAGGACUGGGUGAGCGUCCUCCAUAAAUGGAGCAUAGGGUAUGGGAUUAAAGCAUGAGAAGGGAGAUUGUC